AUGAAUACGGAUAGCACGCAUCGAAAACGUCGAAUGUCUCCAACAACUUCAAGUAAUAAAUUAGCAUCAAAUGUAAAAUGGAUAAAACCUCGUUAUUUAGCUAACCAGCGUGAACGUGAUCGCACACAUUCAGUUAAUUCAGCAUUUGUUGAACUACGUCAUCUUAUUCCAACUGAACCAGCCGACAGGAAAUUAUCAAAAAUCGAAACACUUCGUCUAGCUGUUAGUUACAUAAAUCAUCUUCAUUGUGUCCUCAGUUUGCCAAAUGUAACACAAAACCAUUGCGCUUUUAUUAAAAUGCGAAACAAUGAAAAUGAUCUUGGCGAUAAUAGUGAACAGCACUUAUGUACUUUUUGUGUUAAUCAUUCAUCAUUAUCCAAUUAA